AUGAUGGGAAUCCAAAUAGAACGACGUUUCUAUAAAGAAGAUAGAGAGAAAGAAAUAUGCAAGGAAGAAGAUAAUAUAGUUUACUCUAAUAAUAUUACUCCAACUGGGCAUAAUCAAGAUGGUAAGAAUAGAGGGAAAAAAUCAAAGGAUGCAUCUUACAUACAAAAUCAUAAUCAAUGCACCACAUCAUUGAGGUCUAUUGUUAGUUAUCAAACUGAAGAAAAUAAAAAUGAAUUCAUAAAAGUAGAUGAAGAUUUAAAAUUUUUAACUGCAAAUGAUGUGCAAUUUAAAAUUCCCCUAAAAGAGCAGUGUGACAUGAAAGGUAUGUUCAACAAAUUGAUUGAUGAAAUUAAAUGCAAAAAUUACCUGAACGUGUACAGAAAAACUUACGUAGAAUCGUUUAGAAGAAAUCAAGUAAAAAUUCAAAAAGAUUCAAUUUUUUACAGCAUUGGAAAUGAAAACACAGAAAAUGCAUGCAACAUUAGGAACACUCAAUGUAUGCACAUUGUGAACAAAGUUAGCAGUUCCACGUUGAUAAAUUAUUACUUUGAAAAAAUGAAAAAUAGUUUAUGUCUCUUUUACUUUGACUUUUUUAUGUGCAUCUUAAAAGGAGCCAUAACGGUGGAAAGCGGGGUCAAUUUUAUUGCCCUAGAGUUGUCUGAACUUCACAGGGAGAAUUUUGAAAGAUUAUUAGAAUUCAUUCUUCAGAAGGAUGAGGCGAAGAGAGACAGCCACAAUCAGAAGGGUGAUGAUGCGAAGGGAGAUAAAGGUGGGCAUGCAGAGGACACUUUCCAUAGGGAUGAGCAUGGAGAGGACACUUCCCAUAGGGAUGAGCAUGGAGAGGACACUUCCCAUAGGGAUGAGCAUGGAGAGGACACUUUCCAUAGGGAUGAGCAUGGAGAGGACACUUCCCAUAGGGAUGAGCAUGGAGAGGACACUUCCCAUAGGGAUGAGCAUGAAGAGGACAUUUCCCAUAAGGAGGGAGAUGCUGGCUCAGCUGCUGAAGAGACAAACGCAAGAAAUCUGCUUUUCAAGAACACCUUUUCGAGACAUAUUAAGGAACUGAUUCUGAACAGUCUGCAUUAUCUAAUCGAGAUACUAGAACCUAUGAAAGAACAGAACUGCAUGGCGUAUGGUAAAUAUAAAGACACCAUUGCCAAUUGCAUCAAAGCGCUUGAAGCAAAAAGUGUAAUAACAUAUAAAGAAGCAACAACAUACAUUGAAUGUAAGAAUUUCGAUAAAUUAAGUAUAUUCAAUAAAGAUCUAAACAAACUCAUUACUAAAAUGCGAACAAAAAAUAUGUACAGCAUAUCGGUAUACAACUUAUUAAGAGAAAAUAUAAAUGGAUAUUCAAAAAUUAUUUUUCUUCUUGAGAAUUUUUUCUCUUCAGAGGGAAAAAACCUCCAUCCAUCAUAUGAACUUAUGAACAAAGAGAAAAAUGGUUUGUUAAAAAAUAAAAAAAAAAAAAAAAAAACUAUUUUAAAGUUGUUUUUAAAAUAUAAAUACAAAAAUAAAAGGGAAUUUGACAAACGAGUGGGAAGUAGAAGUAAAACAAAUUCACUUAGUCCAUCUUGUCAAGACAGGAAGAAUUACAAUUUUGAAAUGCAGACUGUUAAUCCACUGAAUUGCUAUUCUUCACUGUCUGUUUUGCAUUCCUCAGAACAGAAAAAUCGUUCCGAAUUUGCACAAACGUCAGAAAGGUUAAAAGUGCUAGAAGCGCCAAAAAUGUCAGAAGCGCCAAAAAUGUCAGAAGCGCCAGAAAUGUCAGAAGCGCCAGAAAUGUCAGUUAAUCUCACACACCACAAAUGGAAGAAAAAAUACAAUGCAAACAUAAAAAAAAUGUGGAAACGACACCUGAAGUGCUACUAUUGCACCGAUUUAAUAAAACUAAAAAACCAGAUUUUUACAAUUGCAGGACUUCAUAAUUUAUGUCCAAGAAGAAUAUUGUCAAUUUUUCUUUUUUUUUAUGAACAGAAUGUAGAUAAUCCAAAACAGCUACUUCCGUUGUUUUUUUUAUACACAAAAGAAAUAAUUACUGAUAUUAUACUUCUCGAAUUAAAAAUGAAAAAUAAUUACAUUAAAGAAAUGGAAGAAAAAGAAUUACAAAAGUUAAAGGUACUCAAUAGAGAUGAGGAAGAUUCAGAAAAAGGUGUUACUAACAAAACAAAAUCGUAUGAUCACUUUUUUCUUAAUACCAAUAAUUUCUUCACAUCAAAUUAUUUUAAAAUGUGUUCUAUUCUCAUUUUAAAUGACCUACUUAACUUUAACACUUUUUAUGAACACUUACUUCCAAAUGAUGAAUUAUUUCAAAUAACAUUUAAACAGUUAUAUCAUAAAUUCUGCAUCGAUUAUGAAAAUUCUACAUCUGAUAGGUUAACUCCUUUUUUCUUCUAUUACAUUCCCAUGAAUAUAACUAAAUUAUAUACCUUGUAUAAUAAAGUCCGCAGGUACAAUCAGAAGAAUAAAACGGGUGAUAAAACCACACGGUGCAGCACUGGUGCUGUAGACCAAACUACAAAUAGUAAUAGUAAUAAUAAUACUACAAAUGGUAAUAAUAAUAAUAAUAGUAGUAGUAGUAAUAAUAAUAAUAGUAGUAGUAAUAAUAACAAUCCAUGGAACAACAACAACACCUCAGAUGAUAUUGCUCAAAAAGGAGAUUUCUAUCACAAUGAAAAAAACUGUAACAUUAUAAAUUUGUGGAAUGCAAACAAUGAGAAUAGCCUUACUCAGCACAUGUGCAGCACUGCCAGAUUCAGCAGUCUCGUUGAUGGAUCCUCAUCAAAAUCGGGUAAAAGCUCCAAAGGUAUAAACACAUUUAAUACAUCUACCUCUUGUAGCACAUACCACAUUUUCAACUUUUUUUCAAUGUGCAAUCUAGAAAAAAUCCUAGAAGAAGCAAACCCCGAUCAUGUCCAAGACCUUGUGGUGCACUAUCUCCUGAAUAACAAAAAUACCGAUAUAAAAAAACAACAUGAACAAAUUGCAGAUCUACAGAAUAAAGAAGCAAUCGAAUUUUACCUCUUUGAUAUGAUCCACAACAAAUUGAAUAAUGGGGAAAAUUUUGUUAAAAAUUACAUAGAAAGAGAAAUAAAAAUAAGGAAUGAAAUAACCAAUUCAAAAUAUCUGACUUACACGAAUUCGUAUAAUUAUUUAUUUCUUCAGGAAGAUAACUAUUUUUUUCGUUUAGGACGAAUUUUUUUCAUGAGAAAUCCAAAAUUUUUAUUCCUUUCAUCUUUAAUUAAUUUAAAUGCAUGGAAUUAUGUUCGUACUAUAUUAGAUCAUUUGUCCACGUAUCAGUGUAACCCAUUCCUUAACUACUAUGUCUGUUUAUCAAUUUCGAGACUUUUAUCUUAUGUCAUAUCUUCCUUCGAAAGGGCAUACUUACCUAAAGGUCGUGCACGUAACCUCGAUCAGAAAAUCCAACUUAAUGGAAAAUCAGUAGUUGGUUCUAAUAGAUGCAAGAUGAGGAAAUUAAACGAUGGUGAUGCAGUACUGGAGGGAGCAGAAGAGGAAGAAGAAGAAGAAGAAGAAGAAGAAGAAGAAGAAGAAGAAAAUGAGGAGGAAGAAGAAGAAAAAGAAGAAGAGGAAAAAACGAAUAAGGUGGGGCGGUCGAAAAAAGUGGAUAAAACAGAAGACGAGACAAACAAGAUGGAAAAUGGGCCAUGUUUCUUCUGUAGCAUCAACAUGAACACGAAGAAGCUGUGUAGCUAUCAGUGCAUUAAAGUUAUAAAUAGAAAUAAGAGACACAUGCAAAAGUUGUUUAAGAACGAGAAGAAAAUUCAAAACAAGAAAAAAAAAAUAAAGCAACUCUUAAAAUGGAGCUAUUACAAUAUGAACAAAUCGAAGAAACCAACGAACUCACAAAAUGGAAACAGUUACCAUAACAAGCUUUUACAAAAGAAUACAAAAACAGUUAAUAAGAAAAUAAAAUUUAACUCCAAUCAGAUGAAAUGUUACUAUAGGAACAGCAUCCCAAAUUUCAUGAUAAAGCAACUUUUAUUAUGCUGUAGAGCUCCAGAAUCUGAAGAUUCAUCUGUUGUCUCAUCCCAAGACGAAUCAAAUUAUACAUCAGAAGGAUUUAUGAAUAAGGAAAGAAAGGGAUCGUCAAACCAAAGAAUCCACACGAUUUCUCUACAUCAUGAGGUAAAGAGAAAUUGUGACACAUCUGGAAUCAUACCCGAAGAGACCAAUGUACCAAUAGAACCCAUGUCUAAUGGAAUCAUGCAGGACAAAGAAAACCAUAUGCAAUGUAAUAUUGCUAGUCAGAACCCGAAUCUCGAUACUACUGUGAAUGCAAAAAUAAACUUUGAUACAUUCUUGAACUAUUUCUCAUGCAACAGAUCCAACAAUUAUAUGAAGAAAAUAAAAACAGAAGACGAUUUUUUCGACAGAAUAUUGGAAUACAUAAAAUUUUUGGGAUAUUUUGGAUAUUUGUACAAAUCAUUAGUUCGAAGAUUAUUAAACAUAAUCAAAGUGUACGUGAAAAGGAAGAUAAGUCAAGGAAAAAAUUUUCACAACAAUUUUGAUAAACUGUUCAUAAAAUUUUUUUUCUUGUGUCCAAUCAAUGAUGAUGGGGAGGGAUCUGUGACAGGAAAUAAUUCUAAUCCUAGCAACAGCCGUGGUAAUUCUAACAGUUUAAAUGAUGAUAUAUGGAAUGUAUUUCGUCUCAUUCCAGUGUCUAGAAGAUACAAAAUAUACAUGAAGUUUUACAGCAAGAUAGAGAAAUACAAGAGGAGCAUUUCGAAGGUAAAAAUGUGUUCUGAACUUGGAGGUGAAACCAGCAACAAAGCAGAAGGUGAAGUAGAAGAAGGGAAAAAAGUAGAAGAAGGGGCAAAAAAAAAUAACAAUAAUGAUAGCAAUAAUGAUAGAAAUAAGGAUAACAAUAAUGACAGAAAUAAGGAUAACAAUAAUGACAGAAAUAAGGAUAACAAUAAUGACAGAAAUAAGGAUAACAAUAAUGACAGAAAUAAGGAUAACAAUAGUAAUAACAGUAGUAAUAAUAAAGGGGAGGAGAAAGAAACAGCACAACAUAAGAAGCUCCCUCCAUGCAGCAGAAGUAAAGGGGACAACUACCCCUCUGCAGAAAAUCCUCCUUUCUGUCGUGAUUCAAAAUUGCCAAUUGUUCCAUAUGCCAAAACAGCAAUAUUUUUAUCAAAUAUCAAUUUUGAACUUGUAAAAAACAAAUUGAGAAAAAUUAUAAAAAGAAUAACAUCUGACAUAUUAAAAGAUAGAUAUAAUAGUAAAGUGCAAAACAUGUUAAGUCAAUUGACAAGAGUGAUAAACAGAAACCCUUUCAUCACAGCAGAUGUUAUUUUGCAACAAUGUGAAUUAUUUGAUAACAAUAUGAUUAUAACACUUUCAGAAUCGAUUAAAAAUAUUCAUAGCUUUUCUAGUGAUAUAUUCCUGUUCAAAAUUGUGGAAAGACAACAAUUAUUAAAUGUUCACAAUUAUCAGUUAAGUAAACAGUACAGUUUCAACAAUUCAGAUUUAUUUGAUGAUUCUAUUUUUAAACCCAAGAAAUUGAUUAAUCUAUCUCUAGUCAGUGCAAAAUUUUUGUCAAAACAUCCUUUUACAGAUUUUUAUCCACUUAUUAUUUCAAUAGUUAAGAGAAUAUUUUCUGAACUCCACAUAUCAGAUGAACUCUUCCUUAGAAAUAGAAACAAGUGUACAUUACAUAUGGUGGAUUCUCUUCCCAUGAACCUUGUUAAUCACACCCGGUCGAAUGAAGAGGGAGAAUUUUAUCAAACAGAGAGAAAUGAAUACAUCGGAGUGUGUAGCAAAAAUGAACAAAACCAUGAGAUGUUACAGGAUGUUGGCACUAAGCCCGUCCAGGAAAAACCAAGUUGCAAAGACGUAAACGGGUUCAGCGGCCAGUUCAGAGGUCAGUGCACCUCCCAGUGCAACUGCGAGAGGUGCAACAAACAUCGUGGUGAAUUGAAAGUGAGAAUACUAACGGCGAGGAAUAAAAAAUAUCCAGAUGUUAUGUCUGGAUACAUAUUUGAUAUAGAUUAUAUUCAGAAACUUGUCGAAAUUUAUGGUGGAACAAACGCAUCUGUAGAUGUACAAGAACUUAAUGAAGAUCAACUGAACGCACAAUGUGGAUUUAAAUUAUUAAAAAAAGAAAUUAUGAUUUUAGAAGAAAAUUUCAAUUUUAAAAUGAAUAAUAUAGAAUAUGAACAUAUAGAAAAAGCCGAAAUAGAAGAUGAGAAAUUACAAAAAUUAUGUAUAGAAAAUGCGACAGAAAUUUUAUCGAAUCCAAAUGUAGUAUAUUUGUUUUUAUUCAUUUUAUCGAAAUUAAAAUAUGAAUAUCUAUUUGAUAGUAAUACCAAUAACUUAAGAAAUUUAUCAUCUCUAAUAGACAAAAUAGAUGCAGUUCUUUUGCAAUUUAUUGAUUUCCUACAAACCAAUUCGGAGCCGUAUCUUUAUUUCACCUACAUCCCAAGCAUAAUUAACAUAUUUUCUUUUUUUGACAUUUCACAAUCAUUUCACAUUAUCAGAUUUGCAUUUCCUUUCUUUCAUGACAAAGACACAGUAAUGAAUCAACAAACAGUUUACUCAUCUUUAUAUGAAAUGAAAUUGAAUGAAAAAAACGUCAGAAGUAAUAACAUCUCAUCUGAUAAGAUUGAAGACAACUCAUGCUUUCGUGAACGUGAACAUACAACGAGCGAAGGACAUGUACACUCACAUGCUCAUCCGGAUAACGCAAGAAAGUGUAGAAAAGACACAGACAAAAAAACAUGUAAAGAAAGUUUAAAUGAAAGAAUCAGUGAUAACAAGGAACCAAUCGAUUGGGAACAAAAAUGUGAAAUAGAAGAACAAUGCAACUUAUCGGGAUAUGAUGAACCAACAUUUAAUCAGUGUAAUCAAGAAAAAUGGAAACAAAUAAUGACCCCCAUAAUAGAAAGGUACCUAAGUAUUGAAAAUUUAAACGGUAUUAACAUGAACUUUUACCUAACUUAUUGGAGACUUAGUAUCACAGAUAUUUACGUUCCACAUAAGCAAUACAUAAAAGUGAUAGAUAAAUAUGAUUUGUUUAUAAAAAAGUUGGAAAAAUACCAUGAAGAAAAUAAAAAAAAUGAAGAUUACAAAUGGAUUCAUAAAAAAAUUAAAAAAUUACGUUUCAAAAGAAUAAGUAUGAAUAAAGAAUAUGAAUAUCAUAUAACACAUACAGAAAAGAUAAAAAAAUAUUUAUCUCAUGUAGUUGAACAUUGGGUAAACCCACAAGAAAUCGAUCUUACAACCUUUACAGCUUUUGUUAAAUGUUUAAUUGCACCCAGAAUAUUAAAUAGCGAAAAAGAUUCUCUAUUUUGUUCAAAAUUUAUACAAAUGUUACUUGAAUUUCGUACGCCACUAUUUAAUUUCUGUUUAUUAGUUUAUGUAUGUAUAAAAAUGUUAAUGCCACUUAUAAAUGCAUGUACAGAAAAGGAGGCUCUAAAUAUAGGAAUAUUUUUUAAUGAACUUUUUAUUUACAUCUAUCAAUUAUGUGAUGAUUCCAAAUACUUCAAAAAUAUUUCAGAAGAAAAUCCAUGCUUUAGCGAUACUCUAAAUUUCGAAUCCAAAAUCACAAUUGAACAUUCUUGUAUUCUUGAAAAAGUUACCAAGUGGGAAAAGCUUCUCGUCUCCUUACUUUUCGAAAAUAAUAACUAUCAAAAGUCAUGGAUUAAUUCAAAAUCGGUUGUCAUUUUCUUAUUUCGUUUGUUGAAUUCCUUUCCAUAUUCAAGCAAAAUUAAAAAUUCCAUAAAAAAGUAUCUCCAAAAUUUAAACACAUUUGCUCAAAACAGAGGCUGGAAAGACAUUGCAAUUUCAGUCAACAGUUUGAAGACCAUCAUGGAGAGAAAUCGUAAAGCAUCCGAGAAGGAGAAAACAGAAGGGUCCGAAAUGAAAUCUCAAGAAAACAAGAUUAACUCAUCCAAACCAAGCGGUAUGACAAAUGCAACAUCAACCCAUAACACAGAUGUAAACGUCACGAUGAAUCCAUUUAACACAUCUACUCCAAUUCAUAUGAACUCGAACCCGACAUUUGUGCCCAUAACGAAAAAUAUGUAUAAUCCAAAUAUAUACCCAGUUGUACACAAUUCUAUGAACAUUCCACCGAAGCCAUACAUGAAAGAUAAUCCAUUUAACAAUCAAAUUCCUCCACCGCAGGAUCCAAAUAAGUACUAUAUUAAAAGAAAAUUCAGAUUUUUCUAA